UAAUUGUUGUUCUAAUUGUUGGGUCAUCUUUGGGUGAGAUUUUUGAUUGUUUGAAAUAAUAUUUUCAUCUACUCAUCUGGUUCCAUGUUUGUUGUGUGAUGUCUGAAGCUAAUUCUUCAUCGAUAGGAAAAUUUGUCGAUUCAACCAGUGAUUCAGUCUCAAGUUAUAAGAAUCUUAAUUGGAGGAUUGAAGUGAUUACAAACACCCGAGCAAUUAGAAAUAUUCAUAAGCCCCAAGUAAUUUAUCAAUUACAUUUACAACAACCUGACGGAUCGGAGAAAAUUGAAUUGCUCAAAAGUGAUCUUGGUAAUUUGUUCAAUUUGAAGAAUAACAUUGAAGAGGCUCUUAAUGUUUUCCACUAGAAUGUUGUUGAUCACCAGAUUAUCAUCGUUUUCUUUGGGAAGAAAUUUAAUUGUCAACUCUGGUAGUAGAUUAAUCAAUUCUCUAUAUUCAAUUAGCUGUUCACCGGUUGAUACUGGCGGUGAAAUUGGUACACGAUCUUUUUCAACCACUUCGUUUAAAUGUAAUCUCGCUCAAGAUAAAGGUGAAGCUUUUGUUCAUCAAGUUUUUUCAAAUGUCGCCGAUAAUUACGAUAAAAUGAACGACCUGAUGAGCGCUGGUAUCCAUCGAUUGUGGAAAUGUCACUUGAUCAGAACAUUGGAUCCAUUAAGAUCGACUCAUUUACUAGAUGUGGCCGGUGGAACGGGAGACAUCGCCUUUAGAUUUCUCGAUCAUAUGAAAUGUAAAUAUCCAAAUGAUUCCAAUCACCGGGUAACCGUUUGUGAUAUAAACGAGAACAUGUUGGAAGUUGGUAAAAAACGAGCGGCCAAACGAGGCGGAAACGAUGAGACACUCAUCGAAUGGGUUCACGGCGAUGCUCAAAAAUUACCAUUCGCCGAAAACUCUUUUGACGCUUAUACCAUUUCCUUUGGAAUCCGUAACGUAGUCGACAUUGAUGCCGCUCUUCGGGAAAGCUAUCGGGUUCUCAAACCGGGUGGAAUUUUCCUCUGUCUCGAAUUUUCCAAAAUGAGAACACCCGUUCUAUCAGAACUAUACGAUUGGUAUUCUUAUAAUAUAAUUCCCGUGAUGGGGGAACUUGUCGCUGGCGAUUAUCGAUCUUAUCAAUAUCUCGUUGAAAGUAUAAGAAAAUUUCCCGAUCAAAAAGAUUUCGCUGAUAUGAUCAAAUCAGCGGGUUUUCAUAUGGUCUCAUAUCAGAAUUUGAAUCAAGGAAUCGCCGCAAUUCAUAUGGGAUACAAAAAACCUUCAUCAGUUGAGAAGAAUCAACAACAAUUAAAAUCGAUUGAUCAGAAUUAGUUUAAUAAUCGAAAUGUGAAAACAAAAAGUUAACUUGAGUUAACCAUUGAUUGAGUUUGUUCAGUUCAAAAUGAAAUGGUUUAUACUUUUAAUUGUCAAGUGAAAUGAACAAAAAUUAAAUAGUAGAAAAUUCAA